AUGGGCUCGUGUUGUGCAAAUACUACAUAAGAAAAAGAAUCUUUUACUGCUAUUCCAGCUCCAAUCUAAAUAAGCAAUGAAAAUUUAGAAGUUAAAGAACCAACAAAAAUAAAGGAGUCUAAUGAAACUCCAAGUUCACCCAUAAGAUCAGAAAAAAUCGAUGUAUAAGUUGAUAUUAAAAUAUAGCACAGGAAGAGAAUUAUGGAAGCAUUAAGAGUUAUCGAGGAGUGUUGAUUGAAAACA